AUGAACGCAACCACUUUCUCCAACCGGAGAAAACCGAGAACAACUUCGUUUCGAUUUCAAGAUCUUCCUAUAUCACCAUACCAGUAUGCUUUACGCUUGGGCCGAUCGGGCCCAAAGGGCCAGUCUACUGCUCUUGCCCUCGAUAUGCUGGGUACUGGCAGUGAGUUCUUGUGGGCAUGGUUGGUCGAGCUCAUACCCACUUGA